AUGAGGGCAGUGGUUUUUGGAUCAUCCGCCCAUGAGGCAAGGGCGCGCUCCUCUCGUAUAAACCCCCUCCCCUCACUUCCUUAUCCUCUCCCUUUCCCUCUCCUCCUCUGCUAACUCUCUCCCUCUCUUUCUCUCUCUACCAUCUCUCCCCAAAACCCUAUUUCUCUCCCCACUUCACAGCACCAUGCCUGCAAUACCAGCGCUCAAGUCCUUAUCUGUGGCAGAUGGGUGCCUAGCUUCUCUCCCCACCCUCCUCACUGGAAGGGAUUUCUAUCCAGUUGCUUCUCUCUCUAACCAAACCCACCUCAAACCCAACUUUGUGCAUUUUGUUGGCAAAACCAUUUCACCUUCACAUUUAUCUUGCUCUUUAUCCAGUUCUCAAACAUGGGUUUCUCUUAGGAAAAACAAUGGAGUUAGCUUGGUGGCUAGAACCUCCGAUUGGGCUCGGCAAGAGGAGGGAAAUGAAGUUGGUGAAGGGGGUUUUGAUUGGGAACAAAAAGGGGGGGACGCGGGUGAGGUUGUAGCUGAGGCCUCUGAUUUAGAGGGAGAGGGGAGUGUUGCAGAGGAAGGGGAGGAAGAGGCAGGUGUAGAGGGGUUUGAGGAGGAGACUUAUCCUGAACCACCUGAAGAGGCCAAGCUUUUUGUGGGGAAUUUGCCUUAUGAUAUGGAUAGUGAGAAGCUGGCUCAGCUCUUUGACAAGGCUGGGAUUGUCGAGGUUGCAGAGGUUAUUUACAAUAGGGAAACAGACCAGAGCCGUGGGUUUGGAUUUGUGACAAUGAGCACUGUUGAGGAGGCUGAGAAAGCAGUGGAGAUGUUCCAUCGUUACGAUGUCAAUGGCCGGCUCCUCACCGUAAACAAGGCAGCCCCAAGGGGAUCUAGGAUAGAGCGCUCUUCUGAGCCUUCACUGAGAAUUUAUGUGGGGAACCUGCCAUGGCAAGUGGAUGAUACCCGCCUUGAACAGGUGUUCAGCGAGCAUGGCAAAGUUGUGGAAGCAAGGGUUGUGUAUGAUAGGGAAAGUGGUCGCUCACGUGGCUUUGGCUUCGUUACCAUGUCCACAGAGACUGAGCUUAAUGAUGCCAUUGCUGCCCUUGAUGGACAGAGUCUGGAUGGGAGGGCUAUAAGAGUCAAUGUAGCUGAGGAGAGGCCUAGGCGCAGCUCUUUCUGAUCUCACAGUUGUGAUUCGUUUUGAAUCGUGUAAGCUGCAUGUUUUCUCUUUUGGGGCUGGUCUGAGAUUGUGGGGUUUUGUUUCAUCUCUUUUUAGCUUAUGGUGCAGGUCAGAAUUGAUAAAGUAUUUGAGGAUAGGAGUUCCUUGUCUCAAGGGUUUUCUUAAAAUUGUCACAUUUCAUUCUUAGCCAUUACUAUCAUGUUAGUCAAUAUCAAUUUUACCCAGCAAAUACAUUGAUUAAUCUUGUGUGGUCCUCUACAUAGUGUAUGCUAGCUUACAGCAAGGGGGCAAAAUGAGACUGUGAAUCUUGGAAAAACAUAGAGAUGUUGGUUCUUAUUAUUUUUAAUUGUGGUAUUUUAGCUGAGAA